CGUCAUCGCGUAAGUUCGCGCGCGUGACGUCAUCGCGCAGGGCCUGCCCUGCGCGAUGACGUCACCCGAGGCGGCCUCCGCCACACAAGCAGCCGACAUGGACGUCGGAGUGGAGCUCGGCACGGAGAUCAGCCGCAAGAUUCGGUCCGCUAUUAAAACCAAGCUCACAGAGCUGGGGGUUUAUGUUGACAAUGAAUUGCCGGACUACAUCAUGGUGAUGGUGGCCAACAAGAAGAGCCGCGAUCAGAUGACUCGCGAUCUGAUGCUCUUCCUGGGAGACAACACCAGCAAGUUCACCGCGUGGCUGCAUGGCGUCUUGGACAAGCUGCGUUCCAUCACUGUGGACCAGGCUCAGACGCGAGUGGACGCCCCGGUAUCCGAGAGCCGCGAAAAGAAAGACUCGAGCCACUCCAUCUCCUACUCGACCGUACCCGCUGGCCGUGCCGUCCCCGAGGGGGUGCCGACGGCAGUGGCAGCGCCACCGCGCGACACCAAGGGCUCCACCAGCAGCGGCGCCACGGGUGGCAGCGGUAGCGGCGUCGGCGCACGCCGCGACCGUACCUCCUCCUCCAGUAGCCGACACAGUGGGGAGCAUCGCUCCUCGCGCACCACGUUCAAGCACUCGCUGUCAUCGAGCGCCGACCUCCCCAUGCCCUCUGACCCCAUCAUCGACAUCACCCCGACCUUGGACGACCUCUCAUACGACCUGAGCAGCGGCGCAGGGGGGUCCCGCUCGCCGCCCCCCCACCGUCCCGCUCUCGUUGCCGUGACGACCUCAACCUCCCCGUCCAGGAAGCGGCCCGUCUCCAUGGGGAAUGUGGAUUCGCCUCCCAGGAAGAGACCAAUCGCCGUGGUGAUGGGCUCCGGGUCUCCGCCCAUCGCUGCUGCUGCCGCUUCUAGGAAGCGACCGGUCGUCAUGGAGACGGUUCCAUCGCCACCCAAGAGGCGUUCGGUCACCGUAGAUACAGUCCCAUCGCCCCCCCGGAAAAGACCUCUUCCCAUAGGGACUGAUUUGUUGUCCCUCAGGAGGAGGCCUGUUGCUGUGGAGACGGUACCUUCCCCUCCCAGGGGGCGUCCGGUUGCCGUGGAUAUUAUGCCCUCUACUCUCAGGAAACGUCCAGUCGCCAUCGCCCUGGAUACCCUGCCAUUGCCCGUCAGGAAGAGGCCCGGUGCCUUAGAGAUGGAUUCUUUGCCUCCCAAGAAGCGUGCCGUUGCCGUGGAUACGGUGCCAUCGCCCCCCAGGAGGAGGCCUGUUCCCGUGGUUUCGACACGGAGCAGCCACGACGGGGGCCACCAGCGCGGGGGCGAGCGACACGCGCGAGAGGAGGGCGAGGGCUGGCGGAGUGGGCGGCGCGCGGGCGCCUCCAGCUCGGUGCUGCGCGUCUUCCCGCUGGAGGGCGACGACCACGAUGAAGACGACGACCGAGGAGAGUGGGAGGAGGAGGGGGAGGAGGAGGAGGAGGACGAGGUGGAGGUCUGGCGGCGCGGGGGCGGCCCUGCCAGCAGCGUGCAGCUCCCCCCAAAACCCGAGCGCAAGCCAACGCUGCCUCCCUCGAAGCAGGCGAACAAGAGCCUGCUGAUGAAGGCCAUCUCCGAGGCGCAGGAGUCGGUCUCCCGCACCACGAGUCGCAUGCAGCCCAUCCAGCAGCGGCAGACUGCCCCCGUGGCCCCCAGGGCUCGCCCUCGGGAGGACAGGGAGGGCGAGUGGGAGCCCAGGAAGUGGACGCGCGGGUCCGGGACGGUCCAGGCCGACGAGGCGGGCCGGCUGACCUACAGGGCCUCCGGUCCGCGCCAGAGUGUAACCCGCUGGCCCGAGGCCCGGCCUGGCACGGCACGGCUCCCGGAGCCAAAGCACGGCCUCCUGCCACAUUCGGAGCAGCGGCAGCCGGAGCAGCAGCAGCGGCAGCCGGAGCAGCGGCAGCCGGAGCAGCAGCAGCGGCGGCAGCAACAGCAGCAGCAGGCAAUGGAACCACAGGAAGUGGAACCGCGUGAAGUAGAGUCGAAGCGCUCCACUGUGCCACAACCACGCCGGGCCAUGAUCAGGAGGAACCUGGAAUUGGGUCAGGGCGGUGCCCAGCCGGAACGGGAGAGCUGGCGCCCCAAGCAGACACAGAUGCAACCUCAGCCGCAACCUCAGCCGCAACCUCAGCCGCAACCUCAGCCGCAACCGCAGCUGCAACCUCAGCCGCAACCCCAGCCGGAACCCCAGCCGCAGCCGCAACCGCAGCUGCAGCCGCAGAUAAAACCGCAAGUGCAGGCGCUGCUUGUGGACUCGCGUCACGUGGAGGCGCUCGGAGAUGACGCGAGGCCGCACGAGGCCGGCAGCGCUCGGCCUGUGGUGGUGUUUGCCGACACGCGCUCCUUCGUGCUGACGGACGAGGAGAGGGGCCAGACGCGAGAUCCCCCCAGGGAGACUGUGACGGUGGCGGCAGUGGCGACGGCGGUGAUGCCCGCCGCUCCGACCAGCAUCUCGCUGGCGCAUCGUCUGGGCGCCACUCCGCCAGCCGUCAUCGCGCCGCCUCGGCUCAUACGGAACCGGAACCCCGAACCACCACGCCGGCCCGUGAGCCCCAAGUUCAUCGUGACGCUGGACGGCGUCGCGACGCCUCCGGCGGGGGCGGCCGCAUUUGACGGCGACGCGGAGGACGAUGAGGCGACGAUGACCGCCGUGGCGGCGGCGGCGUCGGGUGCCGAGGUGGAGGAGAUGGAGCAGUGCUACUCCGAGUCCGAGGCCAUGGGCGGCGUCGUCGACAUGGAGGAGAUGGAGCUGUCGGUGCCGCUCGGGAGGCCCCACGUGUUCGUGCAGGCGCAGGGCGGCAAGCUGAUGCAGAUCCCCAAGCUCAAGCCCGUGGCCGUGUCGCUGGGAGAGUCUGACGACGACUCCGACGAGGGCUACGUCCCCGAGGCGCAAGCGAAAGGGCGCGAGCGCUGCCGCUUCUGGCCGGGCUGCAGCAAUGGGGAAGCGUGCCCCUUCCACCACCCGACGCAGUGCUGCAAGACGUUCCCCAACUGCAAGUUUGGCGAUCGGUGCCUUUACAUCCACCCGGUGUGCCGCUUUGACGGGAAGUGCAGCAAGGUUGAGUGCCCCUUCACGCACACGGAGAAACGCCGCCCCGCGCAGCCUGCCAAGCCAGUGGCAGCCCCAGUCGUCUCUUCUUCCGCUCAAUGCCGCUUCUUCCCCGAGUGCAAGAACCUGGAAUGUCCCUUCGAGCACCCAAAGCCGUGCCGCUACGGGGUACGCUGCAAGCGAGCCGGCUGCGUCUUCUACCACCCCUCGCCGCCCUCUCUGCCUCCCCGGCAGGCGCUCAAAUGGACCAAACCCCAGGAGGUCAAGUGAGGAUUUUUUUUGUUGAAGAGAGGAAUAUACGCAAGACUUGCCCCAUCUGGCAACCUUUAAUCGACACACACACACAUUUAGAAACUCAUUGACACUUCACCACGAGACUGGGUGAAAUCCUGUGAUGGGUUAUGUCUUGCCGCCGAUUGUGAGCUGGAAGCGUAUGACAAAGUCACGAUUGUAAAAAUAAAUACAGUUUUAAAUAAAAAAUAUUCGAAAAUAUCAUUAUCUUUUACCCUUAAUGCGUCAGAUCUCAGAGUUGAGAUGUUUAAUUGUCCCAUGGGAAAUCCCGUUCAGCCAGUUAACCCAGCUAGUUUUCUCCGGAGAUCUAUGGUGCAUCGGCACGAAACAACAACAUCAAAGUGAUCCGUACGCAGGAACAGGCAACAUCGGAACAGAAUGCGUCGGGAGGUGCAGGGAAAAUAAAAUCCAUCAAGUACAAAAAAAUUACAACAUUAAUAUAACCAGGCAUAUUGCACCAAAAAUUCAAGACGAUGUGACUAAUGGUUGGAGAGGCGAUAAUCGCAAGGCGAAAUGAACACAAUCGAGGGGAUAAAACAGCCAGUCAAUCCUGAGAACGCAAAAAGUAGUAGCAAAGUGUGUCAGGUAUGGAUGGAGCUGAUCUUGCUGCUGCGCUUUCUGAGCUCGGAGUCAAUGGUGGAGUGAGAGAGAGGUAGCAGAGGGAGCUUGAUCCUAAGCUUGAGAGGUGCAAGGGCAUUCUGGUAACGUGGGGCAGCAAUGUGGAAGGACGUGUCGCUCAACCCUACUUUUAACAGCUGGUAUUUUUUAAUUAGAAACGGGGGGGGGGGGGGGAGGCACUUCUGAGGUUGCAGCUGGGAAUUUGUGGAGCUAGGAGGUCCUUUUAGAUUUUUGGCAGGUUUAUUUCAAAAUGACUUAAGGAUGAAGACAGCCCAGUGGUGAUCUCACAUUCGGAUGUCCAGGGGGGACUAAUUUGAGGUAAUAUAGAGGUUGUAAUGAUCUUUUCUAAAGCGGGCAUCAAGGGCAAAGCGGAUGGCUGAGGGGUAAAAUGUAACAAUCCGUUUUAGAUUGGUUUCGGAGGCUAGCCGGUUGACAAUAUCACAAUGGUCAAAGAUGGGGUGGAUGGUACCUUUAAUUAUAUCAAGACAACUGAGGAGCCCAGAUGGGUGACCAUUGUUGACACUAAGCAGGUUCCCCAUAGGGCUACGUGGCGAACGGCAGAGAAUGAUGCAAUCAAAAUCAAUUGUACCGUAUUAUACGACCACGUCAAUGUCCCCCACCUUGACCAACGCACCACAGACCAACUUGAAGUACGGUCAAACAACCCUCACUGGCCCGCACGGCGUGAGGAGGCCCUGAUCCAGCGGUGGAUUGUACACGUGCCGAAAAGGCCAGUGGUAUAUCGCCCUUAGCCAUCACAUUCAACCCAAAUGUGAUCCAACACUCUAGUGGCCAUUGCUACAGUCAUCGCCUCUCACUAAUGUACACUGUGCUCACAUGAAGUCGCGCACCGCUCUUCACGUGUGCACACGUGUGGGCACGUGCACAGAGCCCACACGGGCCAACCAACAACAUUGGCUUACACUUGUGAAUGCCGUUGUGGCCGUCGAAGACAUUAUAUUUGUGAAGAACCACCUUAUUGUUUAUUUUAGACGCGUCUUCGGGAUGCUGCCGUGGUGUGAUGGUGAGCACACUGGGCCUUGCGAUCCAGAGGUCGCCGGUUGCGAUCUCCUGGCACGGCAGUUGAAAACAAUCGUGGAAUUUUCUUUCGAACAAAAAAAACCUGGCCUUCAUCCGCUCGGCAGCAUAAAUGUGUACACCACAAUAAAUCUCGGUAGGUUGCGUGCAGUGGGGUAAAAUGUGGGCAACUUCACAAUACAUCUGGUCAGCGUGGAAGAGCAGACCAGAUACCCUCUCGAACGUCUGCUAACGGAGGCAGCAGUGAUGUAAAGGUGUAAUGCUGCACACCUGUUACCCAUGUCUUCAGCAACGGUCCUGUUGGCCUUGCUUAAGGUUGGUUCACACUCGCGUAACUCGUAUUGUCGAUGGGCUUGCUCGCGAAUGGCUUGUUUUGUUCAUCCCUAGUUUUUAAAUUGAACCCCCUCCCCUUCAGCCACUUCUCUCUCGCAUAUGAAGUCUGCUGCUGCCGUUCACACUUGAGCAAUUGGCCGAUGAGACUUUUACGGAAAAUGCACCGUAAUGCAUAAAGUGCGUCCGGCCACUUCUUCUACCUGUAGUUUUGGAGUAGAACGUGACUGCGUUCUCUCUUUGUUUUUUUUUAAAUCGCGUGGGUCAUAAAAAAAACAUUGGUCAUUGUUUCCUUCUCAUCGCGCAAGGCUAUCCGUAAAAGUACGACGUUUCCCAGCCAGGUUUAGUCUGCCAGGGGCGGUGUGGGGGCAAUGUUUGCUCUGUGGUUUUACCUAAUUUUCAAAAUAAGCGGUUGUCCAAAACCAACGAAUGCCUAAAGUUGGUAAUGUGCAAAUGAUACGCAGCAGGGAGAGUGUAUCAUCACCGGCUGCUUGAGUGGGUAGAACGAGCGUCUCAUAAUAGGUCGGGCUGGCAGUUGUUUGAUGCAGAAACAUUACUAUGAAGCUGGCAACAUUAAAUCUUUGCCACCCGGUGAAGCAAUUUGUUAAUUUACCGCCCAUCGUUACGAAACCUGUGCGGUCCGGCGAGUCCAUCGUUCAACAAAUUGCAUGAGUAUGCAACCAGCCUUCACAGUUGGCUACGUCCGAAGCAAAGUGUUUGGGAGGGAGUGUUUUCUACUUGACUCUUAGCCUUCAGUGAUGUCUCAGACCCCCGCCUGCAUUUGUUUUCGCGGUGUUGUCUUCUUGCGGUCGAAUCGCUGAACUUCGCAUAAAUGUCACGAGAACCCAAGUUCAGGUUCGCAAAACUAAACAGAAACCGGCGACAACUCUUUUUACUGUUCAUUUAUUUUAUUGUAACUUUUUUUACAUUAGGAAACGGCACUGUGUUGAAAUUAACAUGGGUCGCAUGCAGAGCUGAAAUGCUUAAAAAUGUCACGGGAGGCCACGUCGGAGAGACCGCUGUUGAUUUCUGUUUGUAGAUUUGACGUCUGUACAUGGCUGUUCACUGCCUUUGUCAUCGUGCUUUGAAAUUCGUUUUCAACAAUAUUCAAGGCAGCUUGACGGCCCAAUAAACUUCCUAAAAGCUU